AGCACCCUCCUGUUUUGUCCUACACACCAGAGCAGCUUGCCCCGACGCAAGGACGCACUCCUCAUCUCCUCUCCGGAGCAGCGUGCAGGGCUCAGAUCGAUAUGCCGGGGAGAGAGCCAUGAGGUCCCAGCAGACUGCCCCAAAACAGACCACGGAGCAGACGAAGGCAACAGAGAGGAUUCAGUGAGGGAACUUUUUUUCUUUCUUUCUUGGAGUUCAGCCGGAGAUGGAGCCGGAGGAGGGAAAGAUCUCGGUAUGGGUCUGCCGAGAGGAGAAGCUGGUCUCUGGGCUGACGAAGCGAACCACCUGCGCCGACGUGGUCAAAGUACUGCUGGAAGAUCAGAACCUGCAGCAGGGCGCCUCGGCAGCGAUGCUGUCCGGCUCUCCUCAGUCCUACUGCGUGGUGGAGAAAUGGAGAGGCUUCGAGAGGAUUUUACCCAACAAGACCAAAAUCCUCCGGCUGUGGAGCGCCUGGGGAGACGAGCAAGAGAAUGUUCGCUUUGUCCUGGUGAAAAACGAGGCUUCGCUCCCCAAUAACGGGCCCCGCAGCGCCGAGGCCCGGGUCGUCCAGAGCCGGGAGAGUGGUGGUCCGGGCGGCUUGCUCAAGGGUACCGCCCGGACCUGCUGGACCGCCGCGGCCGCUGCGGCCAACCUGUCCCAGGAGAAACAGCGGCGCAUCGUCAGGAAGGCCUUCAGAAAGUUGGACAAAAUGAACAAAAAGAAGGAGCAGACUGUUUCUAAAGAUAAAAGCUCGGUGGAAAAGAUGGAGACGCUGGUCCACUUGGUGAUUUCUCAGGACCACACCAUCCGCCAGCAGAUCCAGAGGAUCAAGGACCUGGACCGGGAGAUCGAGCGCUACGAGGCCAAAGUGCACUUCGACCGCAUUAAGAGACACGGGGUGAACUACGUGCAGGACACUUACCUUGUAGAUUCCACCUCAGGGGCUCCUGCUCUUUCUGAUUGUAAGCGCAAAGCGGAGCAUCAGGACGCGCGGUGCACGUCGGAGACGCUUGCGCAGUUUGAGGAAUACGCGCGCCGGUGCGAGGAGGUGGUGAGGCUGCAAGAGGAGCUGACGGAACGCGAGGCGCUCAUGGAGAGCAUCACCGGGGAGAUCCAGGAGGAGCUGAAUCGGCGGUGGAUGAAGCGUCGGCGGGAGGAGAGAGGCGCAGAAGCAGCACAGGACGCGGACAGUGUGUCGGAGGAGAUGUGUCUCACUGUGUCCGCUCCUCCAGCUGUGGAACCAGAUGUUGAGAGUUUGUCUGAAAAUGAGCUCGCACUGGAAGAGGAAAGGAUCAAAACGCAGCUGGACACCAGCCUUUACAUCGGCCUGAGACUGAAGACAGAUCUGGACGCCAUCAGGGGGGACUUGGACCUGAGUCUGGCACUCUGGGAAACCAAGGAGAGUGAACUGCUGGACCUGCUGGCCAAAGUGGAAACCAUGGAGAUAGAGCAAGCGAACAACACACUGACCGAUGAUGGAAAGGGGGAGCUGGGCGCAGUGAGCGCUGAUGCAGAGCCAGCAUCAGGGGAGAAGAGCGGCGGCUGGGUGGAACAGGCCCGAGGUCUGUCCAAAGCCUGCAACACAAACGAUGAGGACUCGGACACGGGGCUGAGCUCCAUGCACAGCCAGGACUCUGACAACACACCUGUGUGCGAGUCACUCGUAUAGACUCACUUUGCUUGGAAGCACGUUGGACUUUUUUUAUGCAAUGCCAUAAACUCAGGGGCAGAGAAAUCAGUGUUGGCAAUACUGGGAGAUGUUCUCCCCUACCCAAAAUGCACCUCUGUAUGGAUGAUGUAGUUCUAUAGCAAUAAUUCUGACAUGUAGUCAUGCACAAUAAGCUAGAAAGGACAGCAUGCUUAUAGAGAGAGAUGCCAUGCUGCUCUAUAGCUGACCUUUGACCUGUAAGAGGAAGGUCAACAAAGCACCACUUGUUAGGAGAAAUAACCUAGAAGAGUAUUAUAACAAGCCUCUUAAAAUCUGUAGUCCUCAAAUUAACUUUAAGGCGUCAUUGAUGGAAGGAUGGCUCAGAGGUAACAGCUCGCUUUUGUCAGGGAGUCCGAUAACUCGCUGAAGCGACUGAAAGACACGACUAAGUGUUGUUAUGCUGAAAGUAGGUCUAAUGGCCAUGCAAAGUUUCCUUUAAAAGGCCAACAUGAAAUGUAUCUUAAUGCACAGUAAAGACUAGUCAGCUAUCCACUACUAUACAGAUAGAUGAGUCAGCUAAGAACAUGUUAAAGCUCUUUCAGUCCCCAACAAAGUAAAUGUGGGAUCAGUUCAUUGCUUCCUUUUCAAAAUAAGACUGGAAACUAUAAGCGCUGACUAUUAUUACCCAGAACUGCCUAAUAUUCUGAAUGAUAUCAGGGUUUGGACCAAUAAUACCGUAGAGUUUAUGAACUUAUACUGAUCCCUGAUCCAGUCGGCUAAGCAGAGCUGAUAGAUCGCUCGAUAUUGUCCUGUCGUACAGUAUAGCGUGUCUCUUAAGCACAAGAAGUCAUAUGUAUUUAACCAUACUGCUGAGCUCUCACAUUCUAGAUUUAAAAAGAAAAAAUGAACUAUUUGAUUCUUGUGGUUUUUGAUUGCUGUGAGCUUGUGACCCUUUAAACCGAUGCAAAGUCAACAUCAUGCAUUAUAUAUUUCCAUGAGCUCUUAGCGUUUCAAGUAAGCAAAGCCAGAGAAGGCCAAGUGUUAUGUCAUGAAGAGCCCUGAACAAGCACCAGGUUUCCAAACCUUUUUUUUUUUUUUUAAGUUGAUUUAUCUAUUUGAUUAUUAGGUUGGGUUAACAGCAAGAAAAAAGUGCCAUCUUUCUAACGAAACAGCUAUGGAAAAAAGGGGAACUCCAGCAAUGUAGUAAUAGAUUAGGGGAAUCACAGGAAAUGGAUUGGAAAACAAACAGAAAGAGCAGAGGCUCCUGUUUCUCAAACAGAUCCCAAACCUCUGAAUCUUCUGGAUUUCCUAAAAUGCAACUGGAUAUGAUCUCUAAUUAGACCCUCCUGCCCCCUCGAUGCCCACAGCUUUUAAAUCACAGACCAGACCAUAUGUUAGAUAAACAUGAGAUAAGCUAGGUGUUGUCAUGAGGAGUGACAGAAACAGAAAACAUCAGCAAUUUAUUUACAUCAGCUGGGGAUUGCGUCUCCUGAUGAGUACUUUGAAUUUGGUUAGCGAAAUUGACGGAGUGCCCCUUAAAUCUGAGUCUGGAUUAUUGUAGUGGAACAUUGGUUUGCUGCUCUGAGCAGUGUUGUUAGCAUGAAAAGCUUCUUACUGAAGCAUAAUCAAUGUGAACAGACAAAAAAAGCCAGAUGUUUAUAUCAAAGUUUAAGUCGAGGAAUUGCCACACGCAUUUGUGUAACAAACUGAAACAGCAGGUUUACAUGUGUGAACGUGCACGUUAGUUAUUUACAUUAUGGUAGAUAUGUUUUUUGCCCAAUCAGCAAAAUAAAUCCCAACACAAGGGACCCCCCCACGCCCCCCACAAAAAAAAAACCACAAGGGAAAUAUAGGCCACAAUCCACACAUUUCCAUAAGUGAGAUUUAACCUUGAAUUUGUUUUUAUUUCCAGUUUAAAUAGGUACAACAACAUCACUGAAAAUAGAUACAUGAAAACCACGUAAGAUUUUGACAUCCAUAAUAAUCUGUUUAAAGCUGGAAUAAAUAACAAGUUAAUGUUUUAAGUUAUUUUGGGGUUGUCUUCCUCUCACUUGUGCUCAUGUUUAUUAGAAUUAUUACCAACAUAGGACAGUCUUGCCAGGGGUGCCACUGCGGAGGCCCCCUUGGUGGCGCCCCUGCUGCAAGGGGAGGGGUCAGAAGCAGAAGCUAAUAUAUAUAUAUCAUUAUUUUAAGAUCGUCCUUCAAAUAAAUCAUUUACCCUGUGUUAUGUCAGCAUUGUGUGAUUUCAGAUCGUGACUCUGUCUACCUGUAAAUGGUGAGAAGUAACACUUUAUGACACAUAGCUGAUAAUACUGUGUCUGUGGAGUUCGCUGUGAUGUGUCUCCUCACACCAAAAUGACCUGCGUGUAGCUCAUUUAUGUCGCUUGAUCAGGAACAGUUUGGGUGUCUUAGUUUGGGACAUUCAGCCUGCUUUUUCUAGAUAGAUGGCUCUAGAUUAGUAACUGUGAGGCUACAGCUACAGAAGUCACGCCAUGACGCCAGUCAGCACAAUAUUACACACGACUGUUAGUGUUGAAAUAAAUGGGGGAAAAAACCUGAA